AUGUCUCUCCAAGGUAUCAUGGUCGCGUUGUACACGCCAUUCACGGCCGAUCGGUCGGCCAUUGACGUCGCGGCUUUGGACCAGCACAUCCAGCAUCUCAUCAAAGCGGGCGUUCACGGCUUAGUCCCCGGCGGCAGCACCGGCGAGUUCACCGCGUUGACCCUCGAGGAACGCAAACAACUUGUCGAGGCAUGCGUCAAGUCUGCGGCUGGAAGGGUCCCGGUCAUCGCGGGUACCGGUGCACUGUCGACAAGAGACGGCGUCGAGCUCGCAAAGCACGCCGCCGAGGUUGGUGCGGCAGCGCUGAUGGUUGUGCCUCCAUUCUACGACGCACCGUCUGUGGAAGAGCUGCACCAGCUCCUGGCAGAGCUGCAUUCCGUGUCAAAGCUCCCGAUCAUGUACUACAACAUCCCUUCAGCAAGUGGUCUCAAGCUCAGCCCGGCUCAGCUGGCCGAUCUAUCAAAAGUGGGAGUCGCGUACCUGAAAGACACCUCAGGGGAUGCGCCGGCGCUCACGGAGCUCCUGUUCUCCCUGCAGGACAAGAUCACCGCCUUCAAUGGCUGGGACACGUUGACCUUCUACGGCCUGGCCGCUGGCGCAAAGGGCUCCGUGUGGGGCGCGACCAACAUCAUCCCCGAGCUGUCUGUCGAAUUGUGGGAGGCCCUUGCUGUGAAGAAAGACCUGGAGAAGGCAAGGGAGCUCUGGACCAAGAUCUACCCUGUCUGCAAGUUCCUCGAGUCUUACAACUACGCGGCAGCUAUCAAGACCGGUAUGGAGCUGCGUGGCACGCCAACAGGAGGAUGUCGGAAGCCCUUUGUGGUCCUCGGCCAGAAAGAGCGCGCCGAGUUUGCGUCGUUGCUUCAAAUCGCUGGUGUUAAGGUUGUUGGGCAGUAA